UCAUGAAUAAUGAACAGUAGUUAUAUUUUCCAUGAUCCAACGCAAAGCGAAGGAUAUCAAACGGUUUUCGAAUAUUGAAAGGCGGGAAUAAUUCUUCCUGAAGGUCUAUUUUAUCUGCCAUGUCUUCGGAAUUUGUAGUUGGAUUUGACGACUCCCAUAGACAAAGUAGGGUGUUGGCUCCUCCUGGUGGAAAAGAUUCAGUCAGUUUUGCAGCAGCACAGGCUUCAGACCCAUCUGGAAAACCUUUAAACCCAUGUCAAGUUCAACGCAAUUCAUCAAAUGUCUUUGAAGCUAGUGAGAUGGGCAUUCAAAGCAAGGGCAAUGUAAAAUCAUGCCAGGAAGCAAGGCAAAAAUCAUCUGUAUUUACUGCACCAUUAGAACCAAUCCCAGUACCCAAAAAGGCACACCAAGAAAAGUCAUCUGGUAACAUUAUAGCUGCUACUGAGGCUGCGCCAGAAAAAAUACAUACCUCGGUCCAAGUAAAGGCUCCUCCUGGUGGAGUUUCACACAUCUCUUUUGGAUAAAAAUGAUUGAAGGACAUUGAAGUUGUGACCGUUAUUUCUAAAUGCUAAUAUAAAUCAAGCGACAUUAAAUCAUAACAAAUAUGCAAUUAGGAGGUUUUGCAAGUCCUCCAUUUGAUAGUUUUUAAAGACUUGUCAAAGUAGUAUUUUGGCUUGCAGUGUAGCAGUUGUGCAGUGCAAUUCAUAAAGGGUUCAUACUUGCAAGAUCUGUUUUUAUUUUCCAUUAAUUUACAAAAUGCAGCAAAUAAAGCCUGGUAACCUUAGUAAUAUUUCUUAUUUUUUGUUCGUUAAGAUACUUUGCAUUCCAUGUUGAUUACCUAUUUAAUUUGAAGAAGAAAUAACAUCUUAAGUUUCUAAUCUUUGUGCAUUUUGUUUCCGAUACAAUUUCAACAAUGCUUUCAUUUAUAUUGCUGUUUAAUUCUAUUUUGAAAACCAAAACAGCCUCUGUCAGUAAAAGUAUCUUGUGACAAAUGAUUACAAGGAUACCAGGCUUUACAAUAUGUUUUGAAUUGGCUGCAAAUGGUUUUGUUUGCUAUAGCAGUUUAGUAAGAAAAUGCUGGCUCCAUUGCAAAAAAUUAUGUUAUGUCUGUAGCAGUUUUACAUUCCAUCCUUUUAGUUCAGCAUUUUCAUGGUUAAGACCGUUAGUGCAAGGUUCUAUAUAUAUGCCAGGCAAGAUAGUCAUGUAUGGAACAUUUUAAACUUUAAUAAGUUGUUUAAAACCUUUUUAUAAUAAUAAUACUGACCUCAGCUGUAAGGCCAUACAAAAAUACAAACCUUUCCAAUAGACCUUUUUAGCUUUGUAUGCAAAUUGCCCAUUUCCUAUCACAUGAYAUUCUUUGAGAAUCAUCAAUUCUCAAGACUGACAUCACAUGGUCUGAAAUGUGCACAACAAACAAUGAAGCUAAAAAGUUCUAUUCUGAGAUGUUAAGAAUUCAAGCUAAAUUAUAUCUGAUGACUUACCUACCUCAGCUAAAAGCAAUGUACAAAACCUAUUAAAAAAUCUGAAAACCAUGUGAAAGAGUUCUUAAAAAGCCUCAACUAAAAGUGUGGAAAAAUUCACCUUGGACAUGUUCUGUGCCAUGAUUGCAAUAGUGAUAUACACAAGCAUCUUCAAUACCUUAGUAGUGAUCUUGCACUGAAUAGUGCUGUGUUUAGUAACUUCACAUCCUCAUGGAAUCUUUUUUAAUAUGGCUUUGAACAUUGCAUCCAUUUAUAGCUGAGCUUAAAAUUGCAGUUGACAUAAAACACUCCACUAUUUACCACCUGAGUACAUUUGUUGGCCAAAUAAUUAUUUAAAAUUCUGAAUUUAAAUCAUGAAGAAAUGAUUAAAACCAUGAGUAUUGAAUUUGUAAUGAGAAUACAAAUGUAAACUGCUUGCAGUCAAGUUUCAUGUCGUGCACUACAAAGUGACUGAUCUUAACUUUCUAUAGUCAAAUGCAUUGGACAUUGUUCUACCUUCAUUAUUCCACUCUUCAAGAAUAUGAUAGUCUGUGCUUUACUAUAAGAGAAAAAUGCAAGAUUAGUAGUUUCAUUAAUAAUAUUAUGUAAGAGGGAGAAAAUGUAUAUAACCAGACUUGAGACUAAUAAUCAGUGUGCAAUAAAGACUGCAUAAAGGGCGA